UUCACAUUCUAUAAAUACACAUCAAUGCUCUUCAACUAAUUUACCAAAAAAACCAUAGCCAUGUUUCCUCAAUCUCUUGCCUUGUGUUUCCUCUCACUGCUGUUACUCUCUCCAUUUGCAACCUCAGAGCAAUGCAACCCACAAGACAAGAAGGCAUUGCUGCAAAUCAAGAAGCAUUUCAACACCUCUAAAACUCUAGAGUUAUGGGAUCCAAAAACAGAUUGUUGUAACUGGGUUUGGAUCCAAUGCCACCCCACAACCAACCGUGUCACUGGCCUCGUUAUGAAAUUCGACUUCAACACCCCAAGCACUGAUAUCGCAGGCCAUAUACCUUCUUCAGUUGCUCAACUCCCUUAUCUCGAGAACCUCGAAUUCAACAGUUUUCCCAAACUCACCGGCACAAUCAACCCCGUUAUCUCCAACCUCAAACAUCUCAAGUAUCUUGUCAUUUCUUCCACUGGUAUCUCAGGUACAAUCCCGUCUUUCUUGAGCCAAUUCCAAAACCUCGAACUUCUCGAUCUAUCCCGUAACAGUCUCACCGGAACCAUACCAAGUACGCUUUCCCAGUUGCCUAAGAUAACAACCUUACGCUUGAACAGUAACAAGCUUACCGGCCAAAUUCCAAACACAUUUGGUUCGUUCAAGAAACCCGGUCCAGAUAUCUAUCUAUCAACCAACCGUCUUUCUGGCCACAUUCCUGCUUCAUUGGGCCAACUAGAUCCGCAGUCCAUAGACUUAGCCGCGAACAAGCUUGAAGGCGAUGCUUCUUUUCUUUUCGGGAGCAAGAAAAGGACAAUGGUCAUUGACCUUUCGAGGAACUUGUUGUCGUUUGAUCUUUCAAAAGUGGGUGUUCCAAAGAGUUUGACAUUUUUGCAUCUGGAUCAUAAUUAUAUUUAUGGGAAGAUUCCACAGGUAUUGACUAAAGUGGACGAUUUGGGGUGGUUUAAUGUGAGUUAUAAUUUGUUGUGUGGUGAGAUACCGCAGGGUGGGCGUGUGAAUUUGCAAAGGUUCGGUGUGUUGUCUUUUUAUCACAACAAGUGUUUGUGUGGGUCACCGCUUCCCAAAUGCAAGUGAUAAAGGAAGGAGGAGGCUAUAGCUAUGUUAAAUUUGAAUCUCAUGUUUUAUUAACAACUUUUAUUUCUGUACCAAUUUGAAUUUGUAUGCAAUGUUCAAUUGAAGUUGAGCUGCUGUUGUACUUUUGGUUAAAUGUAUGUACUCCAAUGGUAAACUGUGUCACCUAAUACACUGAAGUAUAUGAGUCUAACAAAUUUAUGUUUGCCUCAAAUUUAUGCAGCAAUGGAUCUCAAAUCUGGUUGUUGAUUUGUUCCCAGAAUUUUUUUCUUUU